AUGGCUCAGCACUUAAGACCAUUGUUAUUAGGUGUGGUGGUAAUUACUUUUAUGGAAAAAUUUCCAGUGAUAGUAAUUAAUAGCGCUGCCAAAAUGGAUGUAAAAAUACAGAAGAAAUUCAAACACACAUUAGAUUCAUUGGGCUGGCCAAUACCGUUAAAAGUUCCAUUACCAAAUGAGCUACAGGAAAGGAAGUCAGUUUUUACAAGAGCUUUUUGCGAAUUAUUGUUGCUACAGAAUCCUACUGGUGUAGAAGAUUCUGAUGAAAUCGUUACUAUUCCGCUAUUCCCAAUACAAUUGAUGUCCGAACCUUUAAUAACAAGGUUCAGAUAG